GACGUCACGCGGCACAGCCGGCACUAGCUACGGGAGUUCAGCUCUGCGCCGCGUAGCGGUUUUGGGUCUGCGCGACUUUGCGCGUAGGAUUACUGAUUUGAAAUGCAGCGGGAUUUAGUGAGUUUCCCGCUCUCUCCUGCGGUGCGGGUAAAGCUUGUGUCUGCAGGUUUCCAGACUGCAGAGGACCUCCUGGAGUUGAAACCCUCCGAGCUCAGCAAAGAAGUUGGGAUAUCAAAAGAGGAAGCCUUAGAAACUCUGCAAAUUAUAAGAAGAGAAUGUCUCACAAAUAAACCAAGAUAUGCUGGUACAUCUGAGUCAGGCAAGAAGUGUACAGCACUGGAACUUCUUGAGCAGGAGCAUACUCAGGGCUUCAUAAUUACCUUCUGUUCAGCACUAGAUAAUAUUCUUGGGGGUGGAGUACCCUUGAUGAAAACAACAGAAAUUUGUGGUGCACCAGGUGUUGGAAAAACACAGUUAUGUAUUCAGUUAGCAGUAGAUGUGCAGAUACCAGAAUGUUUCGGAGGAGUGGCAGGUGAAGCAAUUUUUAUUGAUACAGAGGGAAGUUUUAUGAUUGAUAGAGUGGUAGAUAUUGCUACUGCCUGUAUUCAGCACCUUCAGCUUAUAGCAGAAACACACAUAGGUGAAGUUCCACAACCAAAGGUUCGAUUAGUAAUAGUGGAUGGUAUUGCUUUUCCUUUUCGUCAUGACAUAGAUGACCUAUCUCUUCGUACUCGGUUGUUAAAUGGCCUCGCCCAGCAAAUGAUCAGCCUUGCAAAUAGCUACAAGUUAGCUGUAAUUUUAACCAAUCAGAUGACAACAAAGAUUGAUAAAAAUCAGGCUUUCCUGGUUCCUGCAUUAGGGGAAAGUUGGGGACAUGCUGCUACAAUACGGCUAAUCUUUCAUUGGGACCAAAAGCAAAGGUUGGCAACGUUACACAAAUCACCAAGCCAGAAGGAAUCUACAGUACUGUUCCAAAUCACACCUCAGGGAUUUAGAGAUGCUGUUGUUGCUGCUGCAUGUUCAUUUCAGACAGAAGGUUCAUUGAAUUCCCGGAAACGGUCUCGAGAAACAGAGGAAGAACAAUAACCCAGAAACUAAUCUCAAUGUAUGAUGCUGUGAAAUCACUGCAUACAAGUAACAGACUCAUUACUUUAAAAUAUAAACACACACCAUGGCAUGAAUGAGUCAGGAUUAUCUGAAAUGAGUGGGACAAAUACUUAAGGAAUAUGAUUUUCUGAAAAAGUUUUUCUAAAGCAAUGUUCUACAAUUAUAUUUUGACCUGUUCAGUUAACAUUCAAUAGAUAUAGCGUAGGUAUUAUAUUUCAUAAAUGUGGAAAGUGAAUGUCAUAUGGCAGUUUGAAUUUAGCAUUCAUAUUGUUUUUCCUCUUUCUUUGCCAAUUGCCUAGAAAAUCCUAAGAAGUAAAGAUUUUUUUCAUAUUCUUACUGUGUUCUCUUUAAAUAUAAUUCUAGCUCAGCAGCCGUAGCUCAGUGGUUAGGAUGCCAGCCACAUACACCGAGGCUGGCAGG